AUGGCCCAAACAGAGAAGAAAGGUGGGCUGCUCCGGAAAUCUUCAGCCUCCAAGAAGCCAUUGAAGGAGAAAGUUGUGUUGAUGUAUGAUGAGAUUUUCACGACAGAGGACCCCAGUAAAUGCAACCCUAGAUUUUGGGAGGAGCUGUUUCUCAUGAAGGUCAACUUGGAAUAUCUAGAAGGCAAGCUGGAGGCUCUGGAUGGGGAAGAGUUAAUGAAGAUAAAAGAUAACAUCAACUGCUUGUUUCAGCACUGCAUCCAGGCACUGGGUGAGGAGCACCCAAUCAGAGUGGUCAAUGCAUUACAGACAUUGUGUGCAUUAAUUCGGGGUGUCCAUCAGAAGAACAAAUCCACUUCUGGGUUUGACAUCAUCAACAUGCUUGUGGGUUUUGAUAAGGCAGAGCUGUGUAUGAAGAAUCUGAUGGAGAGCUUGGACUCACUCCUCUGUGCAGAAGGUUCUGAAAGCCUUAAAAGCUUGUGUCUGAAGCUACUUCUCUGCUUGGUGACGGUGACAGAUAACAUCAGCCAGAACACCAUCCUGGAGUAUGUCAUGAUUAACAGCAUAUUUGAAGCUAUUUUACAGAUCCUGUCCAGCCCACUUAGUCGCAGGGAACAUGGCUAUGAUGCUGUUGUCCUUCUUGCCUUGCUGGUUAACUACAGAAAAUAUGAGUCAGUGAAUCCCUACAUUGUGAAGCUCUCCAUCGUAGAUGAUGAGGCCACCCUCAAUGGAAUGGGACUUGUAAUUGCCCAGGCUUUAUCAGAGUAUAACAGGCAAUACAAAGAUAAGGAAGAGGAACACCAAAGUGGUUUCUUCUCAGCCCUAACUAAUAUGGUGGGCAGCAUGUUCAUAGCAGAUGCUGAUGAGAAGAUCUCAGUCCAAACAAAUGAAGCAAUCCUUCUGGCCCUCUAUGAAGCCGUUCACUUAAACCGGAAUUUCAUCACAGUUCUGGCACAAAGCCAUCCUGAAAUGGGGCUGAUGACAACACCAACAAGCCCAAUUCCAGCAACACCUGUUACUCCACUUGGAACCACCCCACCUUCUUCAGAUGUUAUAAGCUCUGCGGAGCUGCCUUUGGAUGCUGAUGUGCAAACUAGCAACCUGCUGAUAACCUUCUUGAAGUACAGCUCAAUUGUGAUGCAGGACACAAAAGAUGAGCACCGGCUACACAGUGGCAAGCUGUGUCUGAUUAUCCUGACGUGCAUAGCAGAGGAUCAGUAUGCUAAUGCUUUUCUCCAUGAUGACAACAUGAAUUUUCGAGUAAACCUACACAGAAUGCCAAUGAGACAUAGAAAGAAAGCAGCAGACAAGAACCUGCCCUGUCGCCCACUGGUGUGUGCGGUGCUUGAUUUGAUGGUGGAAUUCAUUGUAACACACAUGAUGAAAGAAUUUCCUAUGGAUCUCUAUGUACGGUGCAUUCAGAUUGUGCACAAGCUGCUGUGCUACCAGAAGAAAUGCAGAGUGAGGCUUCAUUACACCUGGAGGGAGCUCUGGUCAGCUUUGAUCAAUUUAUUGAAGUUCCUCAUGUCUAAUGAGACUGUGCUGCUGGCCAAGCACAACAUCUUCACCCUCGCUCUUAUGGUUGUGAACCUGUUCAACAUGUUCAUCACUUACGGAGACACCUUUCUCCCUACUCCCAGCAGCUAUGAUGAGCUGUAUUAUGAAAUCAUUCGGAUGCAUCAGAAUUUUGACAACCUUUAUUCUAUGGUUCUAAGGCUGUCUACCAAUGCUGGUCAAUGGAAAGAGCCUGCAAGCAAGGUGACCCACGCAUUAGUCAAUAUUAGAGCCAUCAUCAACCACUUUAACCCGAAGAUAGAGUCUUACGCUGCCGUGAAUCACAUAUCACAGCUCUCUGAGGAUCAGGUUUUGGAAGUGGUGCGAUCCAACUAUGACACGCUGACCCUGAAGCUGCAGGAUGGACUGGACCAGUAUGAACGCUACUCAGAGCAGCAUAAAGAGGCUGCCUUCUUCAAAGAGCUGGUUCGGUCCAUCAGCAUCAACGUGAGGAAGAACCUUGCUUUCAACACGCUGAGCCAGGAACUGCUGCUGAAGGAAUUCUCUACGAUCUCUUGAAGCGGGGACACUGCCGCUGCGCAGGGCUGACCAGAGAUGGGCCUGUUUGGGCAGGGACGCUACAGAACUGCAGCCAGUCGCCCCUUGCCUUCUGCCUGCAGAAGGGACUGCAUUUCUUUUAGGGGAGAGCCUUGCUGCUGUGUGUUUGAUCCCAAAGGCAUGUGUUUCAACAGGACUGGGGCUGAGGAGAGUGAUGGGCAUGUUGAGGAGGAGGAGGAAACAAUUCUGUAAGGUGCCAGGGGGAUGCGCAGCCAUUCCUGUGACAUAGCAAUAGGGAUUCCCUCCACAGCCUCAGGGAAGAUGCGCUGGAAACCUUUGUAGCAGAGCUGGGGGAAGCUCCCAACCAAAAUAAUAAAGCCAGUCCAGCUGUGUGAG